AGUAUCAUUCGCAUCACAGACAGACAGAUUGAGAGAUCUUCCAAUCAAGCAAGCUACAAUGGCCUUCAAGUUCAUUGCUCUCGCUGCUCUCGUAGCAUCUGCUAAUGCCGGAUUCAUCUCGACGGAACCUUUGGCAUAUGCUCCCAGUGUGCCCUUAGCUCCGUUAGCAGCUGCCCCAGUAGCCAAGGCAGUGGUUGCAACUCCUGUAGCUAAGGCUGUAGUAGCUAAAGCAGUGGAUGCUGAUUUUGAUCCUCAUCCUCAAUACAGUUACGCUUAUGAUGUACAUGACAGUUUGACUGGUGAUGCCAAAAGCCAGCAGGAAACUCGUGAUGGAGAUCUUGUCCAGGGCAGUUACUCUCUCAUUGAAGCCGACGGAACCAGACGCACUGUAGAUUACACCGCUGAUCCUGUCAACGGAUUCAACGCAGUUGUACGCAAAGAAGCAGCUGCUACUGCUCCAGUUGCCUAUGCUGCUCCAGUAACAAAGAUCGCCGCAGCUCCAGUUGCCUAUGCUGCUCCAGUAGCAAAAAUCGCCGCAGCUCCAGUUGCCUAUGCCGCUCCCGUUGCUAAAAUCGCCGCUGCUCCAGUUGCUUAUGCUGCCCCAGUCGCCAAAGUUGCCGCUGGUCCACUCGCCUAUGCCGCCCCCGUUGCCAAACUUGCCGCUGCCCCCGUCGCCUAUACCGCUCCAGCCCCAACUUUAAUCCACUGAAUCCGAUCUGUUGUUUUUAGGAAUAAUGUUUGUCGAAUAAAGUAUGGUGUUUUUUAGCAAGUAU